AUGAACACAAGUUCUAGUAUUGAAGAAGAAGUGUUUAAUUAUAUGAAGAUUAUAAACAAUUUUGUUUCAGUUGGGAAUAUUAUUGUUUCACUUUGUUUUAUUCUUGCAUUAAGAGGAUUAUCAACACAAAUAAGUGCAAAAAUGGGAAAUAUAUAUGGAAUUAUUGGAAUGAGUGUUGCAUUUAUUGCAGCAGUUGUAGAUAAGAUUGGAGAGUAUUUUGAUCCAGAAGUUUAUGGAGAAGAAACAGGAAAAACAAAUAUUAUAUAUUUAGUUAUUGGAUAUUUAGGAUUUUUAAUUCCAGCAGCAUGUAUUGGUAUUUUUAUAGCAUCAAGAGUAGAAAUGGUUCAAAUGCCACAAUUAGUAGCAGGAUUUCAUUCAUUUGUAGGACUUGCAGCAGUAUUUGUAGGAAUAGCACAUUGGUUAAAAGAUGCAGAAACAUAUAAUAAUGAUCAUAGUAAAUAUAAAGAAGAAAAAGAAAUUUCAUAUUUAAUUAUGAUUGGACUUGAAACAGUAUUAGGAAUAUUUAUAGGAGGAAUGACAUUUACAGGAUCUAUUGUUGCAUUUGGAAAAUUACAAGGAAUCAUUAGAUCUAAACCACUUAUUAUUGGAGGAAAUUUUAGACAUUUUUUAAAUGGAGGAUUAGUUAUAUUAGGAUGUUUAUUAUGUAUUCCAUAUAUUAUUUUUGAAUAUUUAACUCUUAAUGAUUCAAAUAUUAUAAAUAAUUUAGAAAUAUAUUCAGUUUAUAUUAAUGGAGGAAUUUUAAUUAUAGUAAUAAUUAUUUCAUUCUUUAUUGGAUGGCAUAUGGUUAUGGCUAUUGGAGGAGCUGAUAUGCCAGUUGUAGUUUCAAUGUUAAAUUCAUAUUCAGGAUGGGCUACAGCAGCAUCAGGGUUUUUAUUAAAUAAUUAUGCUAUGAUUGUUGGAGGAGCAUUAAUUGGAUCAUCAGGAGCUAUUUUAUCAUAUAUUAUGUGUAAAGCUAUGAAUAGAUCAUUUAUGUCAGUUAUUUUUGGAGGAUUUGGAGCAACAACAAAUAAAACAAAAAAUCAAGAAGAUGAAGGACCUAAAGAAGCUAAUACAAUUCAAACAGCAGAACUUGCAAAAAUUUUAAUGGAAGCACAUAAUAUUGCAAUUGUUCCAGGAUAUGGAAUGGCAGUUGCAAAAGCACAACAUGUAGUUGCU